CGAGCGCUCCCAGCUCCCAGCGUCCGCGCCUUCCGCCCCCGCCGCAGCCAGCAGCCGCUGCCCGAUUCCGGGGCGCACGCUCAGCGCCAGCGAACUCCUCGCCAUCCGCGCCGGACUCGGCCCCGAGCACCAGGGUAUCAUGGUCUGCCAGACGCUCCUCGCCCUCUGCAUCUUCGCGGCAGGAUUGAGGGUACAGAGUUUGCCAAUGACGACAUCAACCUUGUUGCCUGUUUCUCUUUCGGCAAAAAUUACUCCACCCACUACCACCUGGACUGGUUCUCCACAGAACUCGGCUGCUGCCACUGGUUUCCCAGCCUCAGGCACUGACAAUGCCUCAGUUGUCCCAAUUACAUCCACAGCUCCAACAUCUAUGUUUUCCAAGGACGUUUCCACCAAGCCUGAAAAAGAAGUGAUCACCAGCCACUCUGCAGCAUGGGAAGGUGCACACACAAAUCCCUCCAUUCCUGGGCUCUUGUCCACUAGCAAUGCUAUUCAUCUGACACCCACACCUGAAGAACACAGCUCAGGAAGUCCUGAGAGUGUGCCAGCUGUAGGGUCUCAGUCCCCACCACUCACCUCCCCUCAAGCUCCUGCCUCUUCACCCUCAUACCUAUCGGCCUCCAUGCCUGUGGUUCCUUCUGCCUCCAUCACCCCCAACCUGAGCACUUCUGUGAGCAUUCAGACUACAGCAGCUCCAAUGUCACCUGAAUUCCCAACAGAGGACCACAGCUCUGGUCACAUACCCACUUCCCAUGUCACAGACCAGCCAGGGACCAAGGAGAAAACACCUCAAAAUUCUGAGUCAGGCAAAGUGAUGUGUGGAUCCGAGACUACCACUCCCUUCCUGAUCAUGCAGGACGUGGAACAUGCAUUAAGUUCAGGAAGCAUUGCCGCCAUUACGGUGACAGUCAUUGCUGUGGUGUUGUUGGUAUUUGGAGUUGCAGCCUAUCUGAAGAUCAGGCAUUCCUCCUAUGGAAGGCUUUUGGAUGACCAUGACUACGGGUCCUGGGGAAACUACAACAACCCUCUGUAUGAUGACUCCUAACGAAGAAAGGUGGCCUGUGAUGAGGAAUAACUGUCCUUUAUUUAUAAGUGCUUAUUCAGUAGAAUUAAUAACAAGUACCUGAUGCGCAUUGAAUGACAAUCUCAAGUCCUGUUUUGUUGGUAUGGUUGUUUUUGUUUUUCUCCCUCUCCUCUGGCUGCUACGUUGUCCCCUUCCUGGUACAAAAGAACCAUUAUUUAAAGAUGAGUAGAGACUUGGUUUGCUGAUGAAACGGGCCAAGCUUGCACUGGCCAAGCUAGACCACUGUAGUGGAGACAUCAGCACCCACCAAAGGACUCACCUUGAGAAGAACUGAGGAAGAAUGAUUGGCUUGUAUUGUUAGGGGUUAAUUUUAGGGGAACUUUGUGUUUGGAUUAUUUCUUAAGCUUGUCUCUAGGAAAUUGCAUUAACUAUCAAGGAGGAGCAAAAGGAAGCAGUCCUCAGAGGAUUUUCCCUGCAUGGAGAAGCAGAGGGUUCUCAGAUUCCUUUUUAAUCUGUUUAUCUGGUUGUAUCUAACAAGAUGCCUGCUUUGCUCUACAAGCUGGAUAGUGAGGUUUAGCUGCCUAAUUAACAAAAGAUGAAAAUAGGCGGUGCCCUGGAGGUGACUAGCAGGCUGAGGGCAGAGUGUUCACUUGUUGUGGGAUCUCAGCAUGCCCUCUACCUUCUCCCCUCCAAGCCAAGCAAAGAUAACUAGGAUCACAGCCCACAAGCCCUCAGCAGAAUUGCGGUUCCUAAAGAGAAGGCAGGGAGGUGAGCCCAAAGACAAGAAAGGAACUGGCUAGUCGAAUGAGAGAACAGAAUGGGAUAGAGGAGAGAUCACAGGCAUGGUGUAUUAAGUACCUGCUCAGCCACCUCUCAGCGGCUGUUAAAAACAUCCACUGCUUAGAGGAACCAUAUAACUCCUGUUUCACACCCAUGAAGCAACUGGUCACUCCCUGGCUAUCUGCUGGGUAAUGGCUGAGAGCUGUUUUUAAAGAGGAAAAAAA